CAGUAUGGCCUUCUUUGUUUUCCUGAGCAUUGCGUUCAUGGUAAUUGCAACAAAAGCUGGCCCGUGUUUGGACAACCAGCACUGUUCAGACUGUGACAACACGACGGGACAUUGCCUCACUGAGUGUGACACGGGGUACUUUGAUCUGAAAUGUUUCUCUGUGUGCGAUGGUCAUUGUAAAGGCUACCUGUGUAAUCAAUCUGCCGACGGUAGUGGACGGUGCACCGAAGGUUGUGUGCCAGGAUAUCAAGGCCAGAGAUGCAACAUCCCAUGUGACAGUCCAGGAGGUAACUGUACAGCAUGUCCAGGUGGUUGUGAUGGAGGAUAUUGUCAGCUGGGCCCAUCCUGUGUGUCUGGAUGUGUAGACUCCUACUACGGGAAUAGCUGCUACAACACAUGCAGCACUAACUGUCGUCGGAAUCCUUUCACCCUAGAAGAUCAGUCUUCAGUGAUGACACAGAGUGAUUGUCACAGGAAAAGUGGUGAAUGUAUCUUCGGAUGUAAACAUGGUUGGCAUGGCCCACGAUGUUCAUCUCAGUAUGAUCGCACCGAAACCAUCAAGGCCAUGCUGACUGUGGGACUACCGACAACGGCGAUGUUUGUAAUCAUAUUGGCUAUUUGCUGUCGGUUCUGCAAAUGCAGGUGCUGUCGACGUGGCAGCCAAGCAGAACCUGCCUGGGACAACAGCGGGAGGAGCCAGGACUCGGAGUGGUCGCUUGAAGCUGACCAGUGUCACUCAAGGAUGGACCAACAAGAGCAUCAUAGGAACCAAGGCGUAGGAUGUGAGAUGUAUGAUGUAGUGUACAGCUCUCCUGAAGAAGGACCCGUCUCAGAUAGACUUGAGCUGCAUGGAGGGAUCAGCUCUCCUGAAGAAGGACCCGUCUCAGAUAGACGUGAGCUGCAUGGAGGGUACAGCUCAAUUGAAGAAGGACCCGUCUCAGACAGACGUGAGCUGCAUGGAGGGUACAGCUCUCCUAAAGAAGGACCCGUCUCAGACAGACGUGAGCUGCAUGGAGGGUACAGCUCUCCUGAAGAAGGACCCGUCUCAGAUAGACGUGAGCUGCAUGGAGGGAUCAGCUCUCCUGAAGAAGGACCCGUCUCAGAUAGACGUGAGCUGCAUGGAGGGUACAGCUCAAUUGAAGAAGGACCCGUCUCAGACAGACGUAAUGUAGCGUACAGUUCACCUGUAUAUACAGGCGGGGCAGCUGUGAGAUAUAUAUCUCCAGUUCAGGGCAAACGCGUCUACUGAGUCGACACAAACAUUGCAACAUUCCUCCUAACAAGAGAUACAUUUUGUUUGAUCGGUAUUCUAGAAGAUCCUGAGUCAAAAGGUGCCAAUUAGCCUGUUGUUACUACUUAAUUCAUCCUCAUUGUUCAUUGGCUUCAUCACCUGUGCUAUUGUUGGUCUAAGUCCCCUACUGGCCUGUUACAGUAAUGUUCCACUUGUUAUUCAAUUACCUGCUGUUGUUUAUGUAAAUCUGCUGCUUGUCUUAACAUACCAUGUAUAUAUGCUCCUCACCGUUUGGUUGUAGGCACUCUUAUCUUCAUAACGAUGCAAGAAUCUACAUCGAAACGUUGCUCUAUGCAAUAGAUCAAGA